GGGCUACAACAUUCGUGGGAACAGGUUGGUACGUUAGGAAAGGGUACGUUCAGUACCGUUUUCCUGGGCAAAGCAUGUUUUGACGACGAAGACCCAGCUUUGAUGACUGUCGCCAUAAAGGUAAUCAAAUCACCUCAUAACAGAGAUUCAAAGAAGAGACUGGAAAGUGCACUGAAAAGGGAACUGGAGAUAUUGUCAGUGUUAAGGCACCCUUGUACGCCACGCCUGCUGGCAACUGAUUUCAACCCAGACAGGUUUUGUAUCGUGCUACCGUACUGUGAAGGCGGCGACUUGUUCGACUUGGCUGUUACGCACAGGAAACAGCUCUCACCUCUGUUGAUACGCCGCAUUUUUGCAGAAGUGGCAAUUGCAGUGGCGUAUCUCCACAGUAAGAACAUUGUUCAUAGAGAUAUCAAACUAGAGAACGUGCUUGUGAAUUUCCACCUGGACAAGUUACUGGCCAUUGACGUGAUGAGCUUUUCCCGCCCAAUAGUCACACUAACUGAUUUUGGAUUAUCGAGAACGAUAGACCCAGAAGACCCCAUGCUCGUUACACGCUGCGGCUCUGAGGACUACGUUCCUCCAGAGCUCCUCAUUGGACUACCCUAUGAUGGAAGACAAACAGACUCUUGGGCUCUGGGCGUGCUGUUGUACGCGGUGAUGGAGUCCCGCCUACCCUUUGACCCGUUACCAACUGUGAAGUCCAUCAGGGCCAAAUCCCGUGUUGCGCAUAGAAUAGCGAGAAUCGAAUGGGCGUGGUACCACUACGCGGAUGAUAGUGUUGACAAGUGGUCUCAUAACGACUGGGAUCGUGCUAAAGCUCUUGUGGGCAACCUGCUGGUUAGAAGAGAGCAUAGAUUCACUGCGCUUCAGGUCAUCGAUGAUCCGUGG